AUGGAGGCAAGACUAUCACCUGAAAUUCCAGGUAUUAUCCAACCUGGUAAUGUAACUCAGGAUUUGAAGAUGAUGCUUUGUAAACUUCUGAACUCACCUAAACCAUCGAAGACGUUUCCUGGUUCACAACCUGUAUCGUUUCAACAUUCAGAUAUAGAGGAGAAACUAAUGAGUCAAGAUUAUUACGUUUGUGAGAAAACUGAUGGGUUGCGUGUGUUAAUGUUUAUCCUGAUUAAUCCAAUUACAGGUGAACAAGGUUCGUUCAUGAUUGAUAGAGAGAACAAUUAUUAUUUAGUCAAUGGAUUCAAAUUCCCGAAGUUGCCUCAAAAGAAGAAGGAAGAGUUGUUAGAGACGUUACAAGAUGGUACUUUAUUGGAUGGUGAACUAGUUAUUCAGACCAACCCCAUGACCAAAUUGAAAGAAUUAAGAUAUUUGAUGUUUGAUUGUUUGGCCAUUAAUGGGAGAUCAUUGAUGCAAUCACCUACCAGUUCUCGUCUAGCUCAUUUGGGGAAAGAUUUUUUCAAACCUUAUUAUGAUUUGAGGUCCAUAUACCCCAAUCAUUGUAAUACUUUCCCCUUCAAGAUUUCCAUGAAGCAUAUGGAUUUCAGUUAUGCCCUUGUGAAAGUGGCUAACAGUUUAGAUAAAUUACCUCAUUUGUCAGAUGGGUUGAUUUUCACACCUGUAAAGAUGCCUUAUAACAUUGGUGGUAAAGAUUCGUAUUUAUUAAAAUGGAAACCUGAACAAGAGAAUUCAGUGGAUUUCAAAUUAAUCUUAGAAAUCCCCAUGGUGGAGGACCCUUCGUUGCCAAAGAAGGAUCCUAAUAGAUGGUAUUAUAAUUAUGACGUGAAACCUACAUUUAACCUUUACGUUUGGUUAGGUGGUGCGGAUAUAAAUACUAGAUUAGAAAAUUUUGAUCAACCUUUUGAUAAGAAGGAAUUUGAUUUAUUAGAGAGGACUUACAAAAAAUUUGCAGAAUUAUCGAUAUCAGAUGAACAGUGGCAAGAAUUGAAAUCGUUGGAGCAACCGUUGAAUGGGAGAAUUGUGGAAUGUACUAAAGAUCAAGAGACAGGAACAUGGAGUAUGUUAAGAUUUAGAGACGAUAAAUUAAAUGGGAAUCACACUUCUGUAGUACAGAAAGUUCUUGAAAGUAUAAAUGAUUGUGUUUCCUUAGAAGAUUUAGAGGAAGUGGUACCAAAGAUAAAGGAAUCAUGGGAUCAAAGAAAUAGUGGGAACCGAAAUCUUAAUGCCCCUGUAAAUUCGAAACCAACUCACCGUGUAAACAAUUCUGUACCAAGUCACAAUAUUGAAGAACCCAAAUAUGUUGAUGAUGGAGAUGAUUGGUCUGAUUAG